AUGGCUGCCGUCGGGCACGCGUUUCCUUCGCCUUCCGCAAUGGCUGCUGUCGGCCUGUGCGUACGCUCGAAGAAGGGUGAGGACGCUAUGAGCUGGCUCGAGGCCGAAGCCGGCGGAGAGGCGCUGCUGCUUAUCAUGGUCGCCGACGGCCACGCCGGUUCGGAGGCGGCACAAAUCAGCGCGGACAACGCGCUUCCUCUCGUGGUCUCCAAGACGAAGGACGGCAGCGCAGCCUCUCUCCAAGCAGCACUCCGCUGCGUGUGCGAGCGCCUUCACUCGCUGGUCGUCUCCACGAGUGGUACGGCCGGCACAACUCUCACGAUUGUGGUGUGGAAUGCGGGCCGCGGCGAGCUGACCAUCUGCAACCUUGGUGACUCCGCGGCCGUGCUCGUCUCCGCCACCGGGCACACGCUUCUGACUACCGACCACAGGCUCAGCGAGAGCCCCGAGGAGUUCGAGCGCGUCAGAGCGGCUGGCGCGCGGAUCGGCAGGGUCAAGCGGGACGGCGGCGUCGCAGGCGGGCCCCUCCGAGCGUGGCCGGGCGGCCUGGCGGUCACCCGGACGAUCGGCGAUGCCGACUGCCCAUACGUAUCUGCGGUCGCCGCGCUGGUGCGCGAGUGCGCCACGGCCACGGACGCGGCCGAGCGGGUGACGACCAAGGCGCUCAAGACGCGCGGCUUGCGCGACGACAUCACUUGCGUCGCCGUGUGGCUGGGGCAGCCGCCGUGGGCAGCGAGCGCGCCACCACGAAAGCCAAAGAGCCUGACGCUCGGGCGGCUCUUCCGUCCGUCCAACAGAGGCGGCUCGUCUCAGAGUUCAUCGGCCGAGUCGUCGUCCGGGUGCACACCCCUCGGGCCGACGCCGCUGCCCUCGCCCUCCGCGUCGCCCAUGGGCUCGCCCGUGUCCAGCGCCAGCGACUUGGAGCUGUUGGGCAACGGAAUGGCCGGCUUGGGCUUGGAGGGUGGGGACGCGGCGGGCGCACCCGAGGCGCAGGAGUCGCGCUCGCCCGUUGUACGUGUCAAGGUGGGCCUGUAA